UUUGGAGACCCCGCAGCCCCAGUUCAAUAGACCGUUAUCCCACCAGUGGGGAGCAGACAAGCCUCGCAGCUUCACAGAGACACACACGGGGGAAGUUUAGGUACGCUUCAUUGUCUCGGCCUGCUUGCUGGAGGGACGGAGCGCAUUCCUGUCCAUUUGUUACGCCGCUUUUGUAGUUGUUCUUCGAACCGUGUCGAGCCGGCGGUCCCUGAGACAUGAACGGUCCAACAAACGGCUGGUAUGACUGCCUGAACGAUGAGGGGGCUUUCAUGUUCACCUCGGAGUCCGUCGGAGAGGGGCAUCCAGACAAGAUAUGUGACCAGAUCAGUGAUGCGGUGCUUGAUGCGCACUUGAAGCAGGACCCUGAUGCCAAGGUGGCAUGCGAGACGGUGUGCAAGACCGGCAUGGUGUUGCUCUGUGGAGAGAUCACCUCCCGGGCCAACGUGGACUACCAGAAGGUGGUGAGGGACACCAUCAAGCACAUUGGCUAUGACAACUCUGACAAAGGCUUUGACUACAAGACCUGCAAUGUGCUGGUGGCCCUGGAGCAGCAGUCCCCUGACAUUGCCCAGGGGGUCCACAUUGACCGGCACGAGGAAGACAUUGGGGCUGGGGACCAGGGCCUGAUGUUCGGCUACGCCACAGAUGAGACCGAGGAGUGCAUGCCUCUCACCAUCGUUCUGGCGCACAAACUCAACGCUAAGAUGGCCGAGCUGAGACGCAACGGAACCAUCCCCUGGCUCCGCCCAGACUCCAAGACCCAGGUGACCGUGUACUACACCCAAGAGAGCGGCGCGGUGAUUCCGAGGCGCGUGCACACGGUGGUGAUCUCGGUGCAGCACGACGACCACGUCACUCUGGAGGAACAGAAGCAGAUCCUGAAGGAGAAGGUCAUCAAGGCCGUGGUGCCGGCCAAGUACCUGGACGAAAACACCAUCUACCACCUGCAGCCCAGCGGCCGCUUCGUCAUCGGGGGACCCCAGGGUGAUGCUGGCGUGACUGGCAGGAAGAUCAUAGUGGACACCUAUGGUGGAUGGGGGGCCCACGGUGGGGGGGCCUUUUCUGGGAAGGACUACACCAAGGUGGACCGCUCUGCUGCCUACGCCGCCCGCUGGGUGGCUAAGUCCCUGGUCAAAGCCAAGCUGUGCAGGAGGGUCCUGGUACAGGUGGCCUACGCUAUUGGAGUGGCACACCCGCUGUCCAUCUCCAUUUUCACCUACAGUUCUUCCCAGAGAAACGAGAAAGAGCUUCUGCAGAUUGUCAACAAGAACUUUGACCUCCGACCUGGGGUUAUUGUCAGGGAUCUGGACCUCAAGAGACCAAUCUACCAGAACACGGCAUGCUAUGGCCAUUUCGGCAGGAAGGAGUUCCCCUGGGAGGUGGCCAAGAACCUUAACUACUAGCGUGUGAAUGGCGAGGGUGUUGACACCGUCAGCUGUCCCACGCUGCUGCGACGCAGAGGAGAGGGGCGGGCAGCUGUGAGCGUCUGUGAAAAACAACCCUCAAACAUUUCGGUAUUGAGGGGAGGGGGGGUGACGCUGGCUGUGAUUUAACACCCCCCCUCCACCUCCUAACCCACAAAUCACAUCUCCCAGACUUUCAAUCUGCUCCAAAGUAAAGGUGACUGUACUGGUGCUGCUUCUGUGUUUAUGCAGAGUGCCUUUAACGGUAGCAGAAAUGAAGAAAAGGCAUUUAUGCUCAGGAAAAGUGCAAGGCCUUAAAUAGGAUCCUGUUCCAGUGUUUGCCCCUUCUGCGUAUGGCUAUAUAGUGUGUCAGAGUCUUACAUGUGCUUGAAUAUUCAGAUAUGAUUCAUUUUAAUCGAACACCCAUGGCUAGUUUUGACCGACCAAAACCAAGCCAUUCAGCAUUUAUUUAUAAUGUUGCAGGAUUUACUUAAACAUUCAUUCCAAAACAAUAACCUGUGUGGUUUUAUAAGCAUGCAGUUGUGUAGAACAUAUUAUGUGAUCCACCUAAAACCCAGACCGUUUUCACUUCAUGCUUUCAGUCACUGUCGAAUGUCGAUUUGUGUGAAUUUUGUUUUAAAAGGUACACGCCUGUCUGUCUUGGGUCAGAUUACAGACCUCUAAUAAUGAUUGCAGCGACUCUGUGUAAAUGGUGGGUCCUAAUCCAGACUCAGCUUUGCUCAGGUUCCACCUAUGUGCAGGCACAUUUCCUUACACAGCCAUGGUAAAUGAGGUGAUGAAUCAGGUCUUAAUUCAGCACGUAAUUCAACACUAAAAUGCAUUCAGAUAGCUUUAAGGUUAAUCAGGGGUGCACUUAAAGGGAAAUUUAUAAAUUGGUAUGAUCUAUCUUACCCCUAGAAUUUGGGAGGGGGAGUGGGCUUGUAUUUCAAGUGUCAACUUGACAUGAUGUCAUUCAGGAUAUAAUUCCUCUUCGUACCAUUUCAAGGGAAACUAAACCCAAAGGCAAAACUUUACCUGAUUAUUGUAAGGUUAAUAAAUCAUUUUUCUUGGUUGUGAUAUGCUAUAGUAUUACGUGGAAUCUUACAGCAUCCUGCAUCAGAGACACUCCACUACAUUGAAUUUGGGUUUUUUUUUGUUUUUUUUUGAAACAGCAGAUAUAUGGACAAUUAAUGUGUUGCAAAUGUAAGUGGACAGAUUGAUUUACCACAAAAAUAGUUUAUAGACAGUAGAAUAGACCGUUUAGACAGUUUCCCUUUUGGUUUAGUCACACAAGCAUUAUUAUAAAAAGUAUCCAUGUAGUGUUUAUCUUGCAUUACACUUUCAAGCAAGAUGUAAAAAAUCUUAGCAUAGACUCAUAGGCCACUGGGAUGGGAGAGUGAAGCUUUAACUCCGGAAUGAGUGAAGCUAUCAAGAGUAACUGAUUACUCACGGCUUUGGACCAAUUAUGUUUUGCUAUAUAAAGCAACAUCCCUUUGAUUGGUUCUCUUGAGUUGGUGAUUGACAAAUCAGUGUAGCUCCACCCAGUACAGAUCUCACAAAGCUUUGCUUUCUCAUCUGUAACUUUAACAUCAAGCUGUAAGAAAUGACCAAAACAUUUUUAUAUUGAAACUGCAAAAAGUUCAGUGGCAUGCCUGCCUGAAAAAUGUAUUCCAAAGAUCCGGAAAUGUUUUAUAUCCUAACAGUGAUUCAUUCUGAGAAAGCAACAUGGGCUAUAUUUGUGGUGUCAUAGGAAGUUCCAUUUGUUUACAAAAAGCAACAAAAACCAAAAAAUUAUAUUUAUUUUUUUUAACUUUUUAACUUUUUUUAAAAUAUGAAAAUCUGGGAGUGAAAAUGUAGUUAGUUUCCUUGCAUGUUCUGUUGAUAGUAGUGUUGUUUGCAGUGUUUUGAGUAAAUACUCUUGGUGUGAAUUUUCAUCUCAUUGUACAUAGUCAUUUAGUGUGAGUGAUUUUGAACAACCAGCUUGCAGUGAUCUUCCUCUUUUACCAACAGGGCCAUGCACCACAGAUCCAUGCACUCUAGAUGCUUUUCCCUUGUCACAGAAAAUAUACAGGCUCAGUAAUUCAUUGAGUCCUCUAUUGAACUGAGAAGCUAUUAACUAACAACCACACACAAUAGGGAUCCCCAGGACCAGAGCUCAGAAGUGCCAAAGAUGUACCGUUUGUAGUGUAUCAUUUCGAGGGGUCCCUAAUCUUGGUUUCUGGAGAGCCGUAGGGUGUGCUGGGUUCCAUUGUUAACAUUUUAUUAGUCGAAGAAGUUGAUUACACAGUUAUAUCACAUCCCCUGGUGUCAUGUAUCUAAACCAGUAGCUUUUUUAAAGCAACAAAGCAAAAUCUAUAGAUGCUAUGGCUCUCCAUGACCAGGGCUGGAGAGCUUAAGCUGUGGUUUGGUGCAUUUCUGGCCAAUAACCAGUUAACUGAUUUGAGGCAUCAAAGUUGCUUAAAGUUAUUAUUUACUAUUAAGACUACCAUUACUAUUUAUUAUUAAGAGAGACAGUAACUGUAAGUCUUAUGUUUUAAAGAAGUAGACAAAAAAGCUCAUUCAAAUUUCUCCGCCGACAUUUUAGAGCGAGGUAUAUACUGUUCAACCUUUAUUUCAGUGUGUAUGAAAUACAAGCUUGUAUGGCAUUCAUUUGUAUACCUUACUUUUACUGCUGAAAGCCUACAUUAAAUCAACUCUAUGGAUUUCUUCUAAAAGACUGCCAUCAUCAUGUAACGUCCCACUCUGUCUAGACAAGACUGCCCCCUUGGGGAAACCCCAGAAAAAGACUCUCAAACCACAGAUAAAGAAUUACUAGAUAUGGUUAAAGAUGAUUGGUUGAAACAGCCAGACAUUCUAGAGUCACAGCAGCUUAAGUGUUCCAGAUAAAGAAUGGAAUGGCAUUUGAGCCAAUACAAAGGCUCUAAUUUGACCACAUCCCACAUUGAAGGAUUCAACCUUGGCACACAUUUAAUGGGUGAAUAAUAAGAGCAGCCAAUAGCAAAUUGGGGCAAUUGCAGUGUGCUUAGCGGGAGCUAAAACAUCAGGUUUAAACCUUUAAACCUGCAUUACAACUGGAACAUCUAUCCAAAGAUGUGGAAUAAGCAUUAGCUGUUCCGGUUGCAAUGCAGUUCUGUAGUCUUGAGGUUUAAUCCUGUGGUUUAAAUUUCAGCUAACUGCGAUUGUCCCAUUGUUUCUACCUGCCAGGCCGUUGCUUUUGUCUAUGGUGAAGAGAGCCGUGGGAAAGGUUUGACACCUGUGAGUGAAAAAGUGGAAUAAUUUCUCCUGUGGGAGGGGGGCAGAGAUGUUACUACUCAUUUUAUUCUCCCUUUCCUUUCUCUUCUGUCCUUUCAGUAGAUCAUGCUGAUAGGUCUGAGAGGAAGAUUCUGAUAAUGUAAAUAAUCUGUUGGAAAUAAAAAUUUUAUCGAAAAA